GAAUAAUACUGCGGUUAAAAUCGUGUAACUUUACAUCAACGUUCAGUUUCAACUUAAUCUUAUCAAGUUUUGUAAUUUUAAUAUUUCCAACAUUUAUACCCUGACAUUAAAGUCGUAUUAAAAACUAUAAUAUUUUUAUAUUUUGCAUCAGAUAACCAGAGUUCGGUUCCGUGAUGUUUGCAAAAAUAGUUUGUUUUUCUUGUUGCUUAAUAACAGGCGUAAAUUUAAUAACCUUUAAUGGCGUUUCAAGUUACGCUUCAGCUAACUUCAAUUCAAAUUCAACAAAAAAAUUUAAUGAAAAAAUGUCCUUUGUGAUAAGAACGCGCCAGAGCUCGGGUUUUUUGUUGGGUUCAUACAACAGUCGUGAUAGCUUUUUUGCUGUAGGAAUUAAUAAUGGCAGACUUUGUAUUAUUGCGCAGCACCAAGGUGAUCCAUUUACACAAUAUAUAGGCGGUCAAGUUGACACUGGUGCGUAUAUGAAUAUUGUUUUGGAGAGAACUUCUGAUAAAAAAACGAAUCUUAGUAUUGAAUACACCAAUUCUACAUUCUUGACCAACGUCACGACAACGAACGUUAUAUUGGAUUAUGAUUUUUUGUCAUCACUUUGGUUAGACUUGAUAAGCAAUAACUUAAUUUUUAUAGGAAAAUCUGAUAACUUAAGUUCCUACUUUCCCAAUCCUUUUAAAGGUUGUCUAUUUAACAUUGAAGUUAGUUCGGUAAGGUUGCAUCUUGAUUCAAAUAAUACAGAAGAAGGUUGCAUUAGCGCUAAUACUUGCUUUAAAAAUCCAUGUGUACAUGGUUAUUGUGUCGAUAUUUUUGAUGACUUUGAAUGUGUAUGCAACAUUUUUUAUACUAAAAAAUUAUGCAACGAAACUUUAAAUGUGAAUUGUUCGUUUUCUGAAGCAAUUUGCAAAAAUAAUUCCACUUGUAUUAAUCUCCAUGAAGGAGUUUUUGCUCCAACGAAGUUUAGUGACAAUGGUAAAGAUUUUUUUGAAUGUAUGUGUGAACCAGGUUACAAAGGAUACUUUUGUGAAAGAGAGAUAAAUGAGUGCGAGAACGGUUUUUGUCAAAAUUCAGAAAAAUGCUCAAAUUUGAUUUUAGAUUAUGAAUGCAAAUGUCUUAUUGGCUGGGGUGAUAAAAACUGCACAACUAACCUAAAUGAUUGCAAACCGAACCCGUGUGAAAACGGCGGUACUUGCAUUGACCUUUUAAAUGCCUAUGUCUGCAAUUGCAGCAACGGUUUUGAAGGAAAAAACUGCACAGAAGAUAUUAACGAAUGCGCGAAAAAUAUUUGCAUGAAUAAUGGAAGCUGUUUAAAUAAUUUUGGAAGUUUUAACUGUACUUGUCAUAGAGAAUAUUUUGGAGAAAAGUGCCAAUAUAACAACACCAUGAUUUGUGAAAUUAAAAACCCUUGCAAAAAUGGCGUAUGCAGCGAUGAUGUUUACGGAUCAAACUGUAAGUGCAAUACUGGCUAUAUUGGGAAUUUUUGCGACCUGGAUCGAAACAAGUGCGAGUCAUUAUUUUUAUGCGGGAGUGAUGCUUGUUUAGAUAGACAAAAUAAUUCAAAAGAUUUUGAAGAAUGCAAGAAAAAUUUUUUUAAUGAACAUAAAGUGGACAUAAUUAUUGGUGUUAGCAUUGGUGUGGUUAUAUUAAUUGCAGUUAUUACAAUUGUUUUAAUUAUACGUUUUUGUAAGAAUAAAAGUGGAAUGGAGGGAACUUAUAGUCCUAAUCGUGAAGAGCAAAACGCAUCACAUUUAGAAAUGAAUACUUUAAAAAAACCAAAUGCAGAGCGUCUGAUAUGAACUGAUGUGUAAAGUAACUUAAAAGCAAAAAGAUAGAAAAUACCAAGAGAUUAUCAAGUUUAUAGAAAAAAACGAAUAAAAAAGAAGGUAGAAAGAAAAAAAGCCUAAACACAAAAAUGAAAAAAAGUGCAUUAAUAGCUUUAAGUAUAGUAUAUUCUUGAGUAUAUUGUAUUAUAAGAUAUUAUGCCAUAUUAUUAUAAAUAUGAUAGCAUGACGACGCCACAAAGAUAAAAUAAAAUAACAAUAUCAAUUUAUCAUGAACAAAAAAUACUAAUGUACAAGUUGAUUUGAAUUAAAUAGCAAAAAGAUGCUAUUAAUUUAUACCUUCAAGAUUGCAAAAAGUAAGCGCAAAAAGAAAAACACAAAUGAGUUUAACAAAUAGAAAAAUUUUAAAACGUUUUGUUAAGAUUUUAAAACCGACAAAUUACUUUCAUAUUUUUAUAAUGUCUUUAAUAUCAUUUUA